AUGGCCGACUUCACGCAACAUGUGGCAGAAUGCAAUGUGCCACCAGCUGUAGCCUCCUUGCUUUCGGCCUUCGACGUUGCUUUGUUUGCUCGGUCCUGUACCACUUCGGCAGAGCUUGAAGAGUUGGUUAACCACUUUUUGGCCGAAGCCUCAGUCACAGAGGCCGCUGAGCGCUUUAUCACCAAAGCCUCUUUGCGCUUACUCUUCUGCAAGUGCCGAACGUCGGAGGGCAUGGUAUCUCUUGAAGCUGCGCCUAGUUCCAGUGCCCCGCUUGGUGAGGGGCCACCAACCGCCACCCCGGCUCCCCCAGCCACACCACCUCUUUCUAGCUCCUGGCAGGAGGCUUGGCCCGCAAAAUUGAGCGGGGAGCGCACGGCGGCGCUUAGGAAGAGGUUCGAGGAGGAUUACCCCACUGAACUUCUUGAUGCAGAGAGCUUUCCAAGCGCCCGCUUAUUGGCCCUCACCAACAAGAUGCUUUCUGACAAGGAGGUGCGAUGGAUUCCUUGGAAGUACCGCUUAAGCGCCCGCGCUCAAGAAGAUAGUCUCCUCGUCCGGCCUAGGAAACAGGCCCGCUUUGACCUCACAGAGCUUUUUCUCGACGAGGCUCCUACCCGCGACAUACAUGAAGGCCCCGCUUCCUUUGGCCUCGUCACCCAGCUUCUGUCACUAGCGGCCAAUGCCAUCGCGCUUUGCCAAGGUGCACACCUGGGCUCUCUGAAGCUUUAUAACAAACGCUUCAUGAGGAUCUGCUUCACCAAGUACGAGGCCGCCGCCAGCUUACGCGGACCCACUACCAUGGAAGCCCAGGCCGCCGACCGCCGCUGUUGGGAAAUCAUCGCCGACUUAGUCAACGUGCACCAUUGGAAGCUGGAUGAUGCGCUUCACGAAGUCGCUGAGGUGCGCUCUGAUUUGCACAGCUUACUCGCUCCGAGGCCCUUCAUUCUCAAGCCAAAGUUCGACCCGGACAACAGCUGGAAGGCCCGCUUCACAGGCAACGGUCGCGGUGGCAAGGGUGGCGGCCGUGGCGGCAAAGGCCGUGAUGGCAAAGGCGAGAAAGGUGAACGCUUUGAGAGAGGUGGCAAAGGCGGCAAGGGCAAGGACAACAAGCAAGCCACCCCUCCCGGCCCCCGGCAAAUGGCUUUCCACUCUCUUCAUGGAUGGCAAGCGUCAGACACUUUGCAUGAGGUACCAGAGUGGGCAGUGCAAGGACCCGGUUACUUGCACAGAUGCGCAGUGCCCAAGAGUGAUGGCACAGCUUGUGGGGGCAACCACCCCGCUUCGCAGCAUGAGGUCACGGCUGUCCCGCUUAGUGUGCCGGCACAACCGUCAGGCUCUGCAGGGGCCACCUCGGCACUGCCCAAGGCACGUGCCCCGGUGUCCUGUGCAUCUUCUGCACUCAGUGAAGGCUCUCUCGACUUCGCUACAUGCUUGGAGCUUCUAGCGCAGUACUUUUCCACUCCCUUCACUUCUUCUUCUCACUGCCCCGACAAUGCCAUUGCAGCUUCUGAGGCGUAUUUCAACUUGGGAGCUUUCGCUUUUGACAAUGGUACAAGGUCGGGCAUCUUUCAGCGCACAGAACAAUUUUCAGAUGUUCUCCGAUUCUUGAACGCUUUUAUGCAGCUUCAGUUUCCCGAAGCUUCUUGGAGUUCCCUCUGCGUCAGCCACAACGUUCGCACCCGCUUACAUACAGAUGCUGGCAACGCUGCAGGGACACUCAAUCACGCAGUUUCACUCGGUAACUUCAGCGGCGGCGAGGUCUGGCUUUGCCCCGCUUUGAACCCGGCGGCUCCCCAAGUCCCGGCACCCUUGGAUGCUUCAUCCGAGGCGCACAGCGCAACAGGAGCUGGUAAAGGUGAGUUGCGGGACACUUGGCAUGAGCCGCUCUCCUUCAGCUGUGAAUCGCUUCACUGUACGACGCCGAUACAAGGAGACAGGUGGGUAUUGACUGCCUAUACUUGCAAGAACUUGGACCACUUCGAUGCAAAGACACGACAUGCGUUGAGCUUUUCCUGGACAUAUGCUGUGGGGAGCAACUGGACCUGCUCAACGAUGUGGCUAUUCGAUCUCCAGAUCAUCUCAAUGGCCUACCAGGGAACACCGCUUCGCAGCAAGCCAGGGUACAUAGCAGCCAGAAUCCAGAAGCUUUUACACCGCUGUGUCUGCCUUCUUCGAGCAGCUUUUGGUUCAGGUGCACAUGUAUCCCUGGAGCAGCCCACCAACGCUAUAUCUUGGCUGGAACCUUUUGUUCAGGACAUGCUCUCCGAGAUACAAGCUUCACUGGUCAACAUCCCGGCAUGCUCAGUGGGCCAGGACAUAGCUAAAUCUUGGCUUUUCGCUUGCAGCUACAGUGAAUUCCGCUUUCUGGCAGGCGCAUGCGCACACGAAGGGGGCCAUCAAUCCGUCGCAGGCACCAGGGACGAGCACGGCAAUUUCUUGUCCCAAAGGACGGCGGAAUACCCGUCCCAGCUUGCCGGGAACUUCUCCGAAAAGGCGGUACACUUGUUUUCUUCAUGCAGACCUUCCUACCCGGUUGCUCCCUGCUCUUUGAAGUUUGCACUGGCCUCCAUUCCCAAAAAGCCACGAUCAGCAGUUCCCACGGCCGCGCAGGAUGGCGGAGGCAUCUACUCUUUGCCAGACUGGUCUCUUGGCCCAAGGUACCAAUCUGACAGCUUACACGACCUGCGGAAAGAAUGGCAAUCCUGGCUGCUUGGGAACAGAAUUCCCCUUCGGCUUCAGCAACAUGUCGCAGAAGCCAGCAAUAAACCUCUUUUCUCAGAGGAAGAAACAGACACGAAGCGCAUGUGGCUUCGGGUCACGGAUCCCACUUCCUCCAAGAGGCGCUUGUCCGAGUCCAGCAGAGAAACACUUGCUUUCUUUGCCCACCUGAGCUCCAGGGACUGGCGGCCAAGGCCGCUACGACCACCACCUACUAGCUCGGUGGAGUCGGCUGCAGAUGCUUUCGGCAAAGGCAAUGACUGCGGCGUGGGAGGAUGGCUGCUCCUCCCAAGUGGACGCCUGCAUUGGUUUGCUCACCGCUAUACUGUCAACGACUUUCUGGACUUAGGUCUGCCCAUGCAACCGGAUGCCAAUUUGGACAUCUCCAGCUACGAGACCUUGGCACAAUGCUUUGUACUUCUGGCUUUUUGGAAAGCCCACGGAUCCGGUCGCUUGGCUUUGACAUUACCAGCUUUGAGCGAUAAUAGUGGUGCAGAGUCAGUGUGUAACAAGCUUUACACAUCUAAAGUACCACUUAAUCUUUUCGUUCGCAAGCUUUCAAUGUGGAGCUCUAUUACCGGCGUCACUUUGGAUUGCAGCCACAUCGCCGGCGAAAAGAACGACGAUGCAGAUCUGCUUUCUCGUUGGGAUGGCUCAGCGGAACUUCCUGACAAGUUCCUCGCGUCAAAUCAAAUCGCAUCGAGCUCUCGCUUUCUGAGUUCUGGCUGA